AGAGAGAGAGAGAGAGAGAGAAUAAAAAACGGAUGAAAUCGUGCUGUGCGUCAGUUUGCAGCUGAUCAUUACUCUUCAUCAGAGGGACUCUGAUAUUCUUUAAUUAUUCAUUCUCUUCUUUCCUGUCCUUGCACUUUUUUUCUGUGAAGAAAGUUGGACUUAUAUUGAGUCUUUUCAUUGUGUUUCAUUGACCGGAUCCUUCAUUGAUUUCUGUGCAUCCUAUCUGAGCGGAAACUGAGGUCUCAGGAGAAAGAACAGGAUUUCACACCGUAGAAGACAAUCAAACACUUUUCUCAUCUGUAGCUUCUUUUCAGUUGACUUUGUGGGUGUAAACUUUUGUUCACUUGCAGUUGAUUCUCAAAGGUCCUGGAUUUCGGUUCUCCUUCCUGAUGGUCCCAUUUUACUCUGUUGCUUGACUGUCUGAUCUGUUUUUAAGCUGAAUUUUGAACGAGUUUGGACAUUGUGAGGAUGUCCGGCUGUGCCAGGUGCUGCAAACAUGGAUUGGUGAAGUUUGUUCUGUCUGUGGGCAAACUGGUGAGGGGAACACUCAUUAAAGAUAAGUUUUAUGAUGAUCUGGAGCUGUCCGUGGUGUGUCACCGUCCCGAGGGUUUGGAGCAGCUGGAGGCUCAAACCAACUUCAGCAAGAAAGAGCUGCAAGUGCUGUACAGAGGCUUCAAAAAUGAGUGUCCCAGUGGUGUGGUCAACGAGGACAUGUUCAAGCAGAUCUACUCACAGUUCUUUCCUCACGGCGAUGCCAGCACAUACGCACAUUACUUGUUCAACUCCUUCGACUCUUCCCAGAAUGGAUCCAUCAAAUUUGAGGACUUUGUAGCGGCUUUGUCCAUUUUACUUAGAGGAACAACAACAGAGAAGUUACAGUGGACCUUCAACCUGUACGAUAUUAACAGAGACGGUUACAUUAAUAAAGAGGAGAUGACUGAUAUAGUGAAAGCCAUAUAUGACAUGAUGGGCCGCUUCACAUAUCCCGCUCUGAAGACAGACACUACCAAACAGCACGUGGAUGCUUUCUUUCAGAAAAUGGACAAGAACAGAGAUGGAGUCGUCACUCUUGAUGAGUUUAUUCUCUCCUGUCAAGAGGAUGAAAACAUCAUGAGAUCAUUGCAGCUCUUUGAGAAUGUGAUCUAGAGCCACAGGAAGAAAGAAACCAAUGAACUGUUGAAUCUGAUCAAAAAAAGGAGGAAUAACUUUUACCCCCAAUCACCAUGGUUACAGCUUGAAAUCACCUUUUUACCAUGGCAAUGUGCCGAAUGUUUGAUUUACGUGCUGGGAAACCGGUGUGUCCUCGUACCCCGGUGUUUGACCUCAUUCUGUUGCAAAUGUGAUUCACUAAUAACUAACAAAAUGGAUCUAGUUAAAAAGAAUGUGUCAGUAAUUGUGUGUCAAAGGCCCAGUGGGUUUCCCAGAGGUCCUGUAGAAGCCAGCUGAACUCUUUAGAUGGGAUUUCAUUUACUGUGAAGGAUUUGAAAAUGUAUCACUGAUAAAUGCAUCUGAUGCAUUCUAAUUCUCGUUACGUUUUUGCUGAACAACAUCCGAUACACUCGACCUGUGAUAGUUCUCCAGCUAAUGUGCAACAAAUAUUCAGCACAUCUUAUCCUAAGGCCAUUUUUAUGUGUUUGUCAUUUGGCUAGUAAUGCUAAUCCAGUUGUAUAACCAAUGGUUUUCUCACGAACCGACCAAUGAACAGUCAUUUUGCAGAAGUUGCUCGUCUGCUGUGAAGUGACAGUGUUGCGCUGUUUGUUUUUGACAGUAUUUGUCAUGUGCUUGUGCAUCUCGUCAUCCUGACCAUCACUGCUUGCCGUUCGUGUCCAUUAUUACUGAUGGCCCUUAGCUCCGCCUACUCAAAUAUCUGCUUUCUGAUUGGUCUGUUUGUCUGUCAGUGUCACAGGGAGAAGAUCUGACAUCAGGUCACAUUUCACCCCAGUAUCCUCAACAUGUGGUUCUCUUUAAUGAAGUACGGUGAUUUUAUUUAAAUAUGCAUAAAUUAAAGGCAGCAGAUGUCUUAUUUCUUGUCAUUUUGGACCGAAGUGACACAUUGGCUUCUGUGUGGAUGGCAGCUCUGCAUGUGAAAAUGGACUUUGAUUGACAGGUGCCGUAGCAAACUUUAGCAGUCACUAUGUUUGUCUUUGUACGUUAUACUAAUAUAAAACCAUUUUAUUUUAUUAUUGUGGAAAAGCUGUGAAUGGCCAAAAUUAGCACUGUUUUAUGCAGCCAUAAUGCCACCUUACUGUGACAUGAUUUAAGAAAGCAAAAAUAUCAUGAAAUUAAUUAAAAGACAGAAAAAUAAAAAUAAAUGUUAACUGUUUGAUUUGUCUUGACAAGGGCAACUCAGCAUGAAUGACAUUCACAAUUUCCAUUGUUUUCGUAAUCUAAUAUAUAGUGAAAAUGAAUAUUAGCGGUGGCCUAAUGGUUAGAGAGUUGGGCUUGUAACCCAAUGGUCACAGGUUCAAUUUUUAACACUGGAUGAGAGUUGAAAAAUAGAGAAUAUACAUAUAUAUAUAUAUAUAUAUAUAUAUAUAUAUAUAUAUAUAUAUAUAUAUAUAGAAUCUCCUAAUAAUGUGAACAAAUACUUUGUGCCAGGGAACAUCAGCCACCAUGUUAAAAAAGUGUGUUGAAAAACAGUCUUGGCAGACUAGAAUAUGCUCUGAUAACCAUAGUAAUGCUGUUUUUAUUAUGUUUUCUGAUCAUUUUAUGUGUUUUCGAACAAUCACUGUGUCGUUACAGCAUGAUGAGUUUAACAUAUAUGAUAUUUGAUUUAUUACACACAUUGGAUAUUUUAUACUCUGCAAAGUUGGUCUGAAUAUUCAAAUUCGGAGCGGCGGUGUCUCAGAGAGUUAUAUAAAAACUGUGUUAUUGUAUAAAGUAGAGGGGCGACUGAGGGACCAUUAUUUUUCCAUGAUGUUGUUAAAGAGGAAACGGAGAGACAGACGGUCAAUCAGACAGACAGAGGAAGCUUAACCUUGUAUCCUCUUGUUGAAAUGUUGUGUAAACUAUUUAACAAUAAAAUUUUCGAUGCAUAA